AUGUCGCAACAACAACACCCACUUUUCACUUGUUGGGUAGAGUUUAGUAACAAGAAAGACGAACUCACCUUCGAGAACACCGCCAACUAUAAUCGUCUCAUCCCUGUCAUCAGAGGUUCCAAACAACUCGCUGUAGGUGACGGUUCUAUCGAUUUGUUCUCUGAUGCAGCCAAGACCAUUCAACUUGAUGUUGAGACUCCAGUCGAUAGGAAUCUUCAGCGAAUCUAUGUCGCUACCACUCAACCACAGCAAGAGUUCAAAGUAGGACAAAUUCUUUAUAGAGAAUACAAUGAUUACGAUAUCGAAUUCGUAGAGAGAGAUUCAUUUUUCGACAUAAUUGUUUCAAACCUUUCAGAAGGAUUCAAAUAUAGAGGUACGGUAGAAAAACAAGAGCAAGUUUUUUUCUUGAUAGCAGGUGGAUCUGGAACUGGUAAAAGUAGAGCGGCCUAUGAAUUAUCACGUAUACCAGAGGCCAAGCUCAUUGGAAUAGAUCAAACUUUAAGAAGAUCACUACAAUCAGCCAUAUAUAUCGAGAUCAAUUUCUUGAAUGGUUCAAGUUAUCACCCCCAGCUGGAUAGUUUGUCUGCUGAUAUUCGCAUUGGCAUGCGUCUUGCAAUAUCAUCUGGGAUUUAUGGUUGCAAAGUUAUUGAUCAUCUAAUCGCUUCUUCAAGCAGAUUUACAAUUAAUCAAGUAAUAGACGAUUUAAUUAUAUCUGUUCAACAAAAUGGUAGCCCAAUUACUCAAUCCAAUCCACUUACCAUCAUUUUACAUUUGGACGAAUUUCAACAAUAUAUUAAAUCAUUACCACAAUCUCACAAUAAUGAUAAAAGUGAGAGUUUUAAACUAUUAUUAGAUGCCAUUGGUGUAAUAAUGGUUAAAAGAAAAGAUAUUUUUUUAAUACCAGUUUGCACCGGAACAUCUUCAAUCGAUAUAGUCAAUUUAAAGUCGAAUUACCAAAGGAUAUGUAUUGGCUUCAACCCUCUAAGUCGUAGAGAGUCACUCGAACCAUUUAUUGAGCACUACAAACAUCCAAACAGAGAUAAAAAAGGAUAUCUUUCACAGAUUCUGAUCAAAUAUCAUGGUUUGUUUGAAAUUGGUCUUGGUGACACUGGAUUCAUUCCUAGAGAAAUCAGUUUUUAUUUAAGAUGUUGUAAUAGUUAUUUGUUCGAGUUUUCUAAAAGUUGCUAUGAUAAGAUUAGCAGGUUAAGCAUGUCAUCCAUUACCAAUUUAAAAGUAGUGAAAAAAAUUCUUUUAUUGGCAAUCACACAAACACCAGUAUCAUUAUCAACUAAACUUGGUGAAUUGGAUGGCAAUCAAAUUACAGUGAACCAAAUAAGAUUGUCCGGAAACUUAUAUUUGGAACAGAUAGAUACUGUUAGUACAGAUUCUGAGGAAUCUGCUCAUGUUGACAACAAGAGAAAGAGCAAAUUGUUUGACUUAACUCCACAAAAGUCUCAAAAGUCAUAUUCAUCAUCAUUACCUUCAAGACUUUCCACUUCAUCUACAGGUUCAUCUACAGAUUCAUCAUCAUCAACAUCAUCUGCCUCAUCAUCAGCUUCAGUCGAGGAAAGAGAUGCUACUCAAUACACCAUAUUUAUUAGUUUCUAUAACAUGGUGGUUCUCAAUUCAUUACUGGUUGACAAGAGAUUAUUUCCUUCAGAAUUACUAUUUUUCCCAUCUCCCACCAAAUUCUGGACAUGGAAGGAUUUUGAAGAGUUGUUCCCAAGAAUCUGUAUUGCCAAAAUCAAUGCUCAUGUUAAGCUUAAACAUAACCUCACUAUUCAAUUAUUAUUAAAAGGUGUAUAUGGUAUCGAGGAAAUUACUAACGAUAUACUGACUUCCGUUCCAAAAAAGGUUAUAUUUGAUGAAGAAACAAACCCAUUUAAAGCACCAAAUUUUGAAGACACUGCCAUUCAUAUUUGUAAAAGAAACACCGAGUCAGUUGACCACAUCUUUAAAUUAACAGGCAAGCAAGGUAUAACCAGUAUUUUUGUCCAAUGCAAGUUCUCAGACAAUGUUAAUAAUAAGAAGAUAUACCAGAUAUCCAAUAGUGAAGUAAUUAAACUUGCUGGUCAUUUUUUCAGUAAGCUUGACGAUUCUAUAUCCGCAAACACUGUUUAUUUUCUGGUUACCAAUCGUAUUGUAGAUAAAUCAGUAAUUGAAGAUUUUCAAAAAAAGAAAGAUAGAAAAAAAUUCAAGAUCAAUCAAUUCUUAUUCGUUUUAUCAUAUCACAACUUUAACACCUUCUUCACUCGUACAUUCGCACACAGAGGCUUGAUUGACACCAAUAUUAAUGAUAAACAAUUUAAGGAUCAUACUAUAAUAAAUUAA